AUCCUGUGUGCUACUGUUUUUGGUUUGAAAGGUCAAGCUACGUGUUUUGACUGUCAACCUAUCACUUGUCACUCAUAUAAACCAAGUCCCAUCUGCCACAUCGCAUCAAACAGCCUUGGUGUUCGUUUCAUUCACCAUGUCCUUCGGUCUACUCCAGGGUAAAGUCGUCGCCAUCACAGGCUGCUCAACAGGUAUCGGGCGAGCCAUUGCCAUCGGCGCUGCAAAAAAUGGGGCCAAUGUCGUUCUGCACCAUCUUGGGGAUUCGACCGCUAGCGAUAUCGCUCAAGUCCAAGAAGAAUGUAAACAAGCUGGCGCAAAGACUGUGGUGGUACCAGGCGACAUUGCUGAAGCUAAAACUGCCAACGAGAUCGUCUCAGCCGCCGUCUCCUCCUUCUCCCGCAUCGACGUCCUCAUUUCCAAUGCCGGUAUCUGCCCCUUCCACUCCUUUCUUGACCUUCCUCACCCUCUAUGGAAACGCGUGCAAGAUGUCAACCUAAACGGUUCUUUCUACGUUGUUCAAGCGGUUGCUAAUCAGAUGGCAAAGCAAGAGCCUAAAGGAGGGAGUAUCGUUGCGGUGAGCAGUAUCUCGGCUUUGAUGGGCGGUGGCGAGCAGUGUCAUUACACACCGACAAAAGCCGGAAUCAAGAGUUUGAUGGAGAGUUGUGCGAUUGCGUUGGGGCCAAUGGGGAUUAGGUGUAACUCUGUUCUUCCUGGGACUAUCGAAACGAACAUCAACAAAGAAGACCUUUCCAACCCCGAGAAACGAGCAGACCAAAUUCGACGUGUCCCCCUUGGCAGAUUGGGUAAACCGGAAGAUCUCGUAGGACCUACUCUAUUCUUUGCGAGUGAUUUGAGCAACUAUUGCACCGGAGCGAGCGUGCUGGUAGAUGGCGGAAUGGCGAUUUCUCUUCAGUAAAGUAGAGAAGAGCCUGUGAGCUGUUUAUAACUAGUACUUAGUACCGUGAUUCCUAUAUGUAAACAACAAGUCUGUGACCCUUUAACCCUUUCAAUUAGGGAGUUGCGAUAGCUUUCUUCGUUGUAGCUGUCUUGUUUCGUCAUCUCGUCUCCUAUCCCCCCUUGCAUUUCCGGCACAGUUCCACCGCUUAGUUCAUCCUCUCGAGUCUUCUCCUCAAACCCACUUCUUUA